AUUCCCUCGUACCGCGUGCUCGGUUGUGGUCAGUUACAAAAAAAAAACAUGUUAUUGCCAUUUAAAAUAUUAGUAUUUUUUGCGGUUUGUGCGAAUAUUGGUCGCUGUGCUCUAUUUUCGCCGUGCAAAAACAAGGAUUCAAAAUGUUUUGAUGCAGCAUUUGUUAAUGCAUUCCCUAAACUUUUAUCCGAGGAUAGUACUUUAGGUAUUGGGUCAUCAGACCCUCUACACAUUGAUUUCAUUGAUGGAAACCUGUCGAUAAUAAAGUAUAAAUUCUUUAACUCGACAGUCAAAGGUUAUAAGGAUUGUUCAAUUAAGAAUGUAAAGUCAAAUCUCAACAGCCUUACCCUAAACUUUGAGCUGGACUGUCCAGAAAUCGACUCUACAGGCAAAUAUGAAGUAUCAGGUCGCCUCGUUGUUUUGCCCGUUGAAGGAGAGGGAGAGUAUCGAAUUACCACAGGAAGAUAUUCAAUAGCUGUCAAUGCUGAGUUGAAAGAAGUGCAAGAUAAAAACGGCAAAACAUACUUAGCAAUUAAAAACAUUAAGCUUAAGAACGAAGCAAUUGAACCGGUAGUAUUCGAUUUUAAAAAUCUUUUUAACGGACAAAAAGAUUUGUCUGACGCGGUUCACAAAUUCGCGAACGAGAACUGGAAGGAAGUUUCUUAUCUGGUCCAGGAUCCGGUGUGGUACGCGCAUUUAAAGCAACUUGUUAUCCAUAUUAACAAACACUUAAAAACUGAACCACUGGAUGAAAUAUUUACUGCAUAAUUUAGCAUUGUCGAUGACUUAUUCAAAGAACUAUGAUCACAUGAUUAAAUGGUCCGGCUAUAAGACCUCAUCAAUAAAUUUAUUAAGAGAAACAAAUGAAUAAUUAUGCGCAACGUAUUACAGUUUUAUCAGUUGAAAAAUCAACGUAAUGUAAAGUAUUAAAUGUCGAUUUACGAUUCCCCUAGGCUCCC